AUGGCUGCUCCCGGCACUCAGAUCUCCAAGCGCAGAAAGUUCGUGGCUGAUGGCGUCUUCUACGCCGAGCUGAACGAGUUCUUCCAGCGCGAGCUGGCCGAGGAGGGCUACUCGGGCGUCGAGGUCCGCGUCACCCCCACCGUCACCGACAUUAUCAUCCGCGCGACGCACACCCAGGAGGUUCUCGGCGAGCAGGGCCGCCGCAUCCGCGAGCUCACCUCGCUCAUCCAGAAGCGCUUCAAGUUCCCCGAGAACAGCGUCUCCCUGUACGCCGCCAAGGUCCAGAACCGCGGUCUCUCCGCCGUCGCCCAGUGCGAGUCCCUCCGCUACAAGCUCCUCAACGGCCUCGCCGUCCGCCGCGCCUGCUACGGUGUCCUCCGCUUCAUCAUGGAGUCGGGCGCCAAGGGUUGCGAGGUUGUCGUCUCCGGCAAGCUCCGCGCCGCCCGCGCCAAGUCCAUGAAGUUCACCGACGGCUUCAUGAUCCACUCCGGUCAGCCCGCCAAGGACUUCAUCGACCACGCCACCCGCCACGUCCUGCUGCGCCAGGGUGUCCUCGGCAUCAAGGUCAAGAUCAUGCGCGGCUCCGACCCCGAGGGCAAGUCCGGCCCCCAGAAGUCCCUCCCCGACGCCGUCACCAUCAUCGAGCCCAAGGAGGAGCAGUCCGUCGUCCAGCCCAUGAGCCAGGACUACGGCGCCAAGGCUGCCGCCGCCCAGGCCCAGGCCGAGGCCGCGCGGGCCGAGGAGCAGCAGGAGGGUGGCGAGGAGGCGGCGCCCGCUGAGCAGCAGUAG